AUGAAAUUUUAUGUGUUCCUCGUUCUUUUCGAAUCGAUCGUUUGCGAUAAAUGUGGCGGAGAUUGGUGGUCAUACUUCAAAGAUACGAAUGCUUGCUAUAUGAUCGCCGGUCCAACCAAUUUCGAAAAAGGACAACAACUCUGUUCAACCGUUGACGCAAAAAUGGCGUCAAUCCACUCGGAGAAAGAGAACAAUUUUAUCGUUGAGAUGGCAAAGAUCAACCAAACUUUAAUCGGCGCUCUCCCCUUGGAUCGAAUCACCAUUCUCUUGGGAGGCAAAAGGAAAGACGGAAAAUUCCAAUGGCUUGACGGAACACCGUUUGAUUUUGAGCAUUGGGCCGCUGGAGAGCCGAACAAUUGGAAAGACUCAGGUGAUCGAAUGGAUGACGUAAAUGAGGAUUGCAUGGCAUUGUACACUGAAAAGACGAUUUACGGGGAAGGCGAUCAGGAAAUCCAUCUUCCCGAGCCAUAUUUGGGUCGAUGGAAUGACAAUCUCUGCGAUCAGCGCUAUCGUGGAGUUGUCUGCAAAAAGACUCUUGCU